ACCACUAUCUGCAUGCCUCUUUUAUACACAUUCUAUGCAAGUUCAUCUUAUCAUCCACCAGCGGCAUUCUUUCCGAAGCCGAUGUUAUCAUCGAGAUACCAGUUCCGCAAUGAUAAUCCCUCCUUCCUUUUUACCUAGACUUAUCGGUUGGACUUAUUCAACCGCAGCCUCUGUUGCGAUCCUGGUCUGUUUCGGCCAGAGAUGCCUAUCUCAUGCCUAUCUGCUGUCUUUCCAUGGACUGCAAGUGACCCCGCACCGUGGUAUAAAUAGACUGCAUAUCGAUUCCACGACCUCAUUACCCAUCUAGAUACCCUUGACCAUCCGUUUUAUAUACACGCACAAUGCAGUGGCAGACUAUCGCUACACAGAAACAACAGGCCUUGAAAGCCUCCAUCCCGCCAGAAUGGACCAUUCCCGUCUCUCUCCUCCCCGCCGCCGACCAGGCCGACGUGACGGCCUUUCUGACCCAGUCUGGAUGGUUCACGGACCAAGAACUACAGAUAAUCUCCAUGGAUGCCGGGCAGACUCUGCGUCGUAUCGCACAGAAGGAAUGGUCGUCUGAGGAGGUAACGCGGGCGUUCUGCAAGGCUGCCGCCGCAGCACACCAACUGACAAACUGCCUCUCUGAGAUAUUCUUCGACGAAGCGAUUUCCCGCGCCAAAGACCUAGAUGUCCAUCUCCAGCAGAAUGGCAAGGUGACGGGUCCCUUCCACGGCCUCCCCAUCUCCCUCAAGGACAACUUCAACAUCAUCGGCAAGGAUGCGACUAUCGGCUUCACCUCGCUUGCCAACCAGCCCGCCAGUGUCAACAGCGUCUUGACGGAUCUCCUCCUCGCCUCCGGUGCCGUUCUGUACGUCAAGACCAACGUGCCCACUGCCAUGAUGAUCGCCGAGACAGUCAAUAACCUCUUCGGUCGGACGGUCAACCCGCGAAACAGAAAUCUGACCUCUGGUGGUUCAUCGGGAGGGGAAUCAGCCUUGAUUGCCUUUGGGGGAAGUCGGAUCGGAGUAGGGACAGAUAUUGGCGGCUCUCUUCGAAUCCCAGCCGCGUGUACAGGAAUCUUUACGCUGCGUCCCUCCUUCGGUCGGUUCCCUAACAUCGGCACCCGUUCCGGGCUCGCAGGCCAAGAGGCCGUCAAGAGCGUCAACGGACCGCUGGCCCAGACAUUACAAGAGGUAACGCUGUACACAAAGACAAUCAUUGACCAGGAGCCAUGGUUGCUGGAUCCGAACUGUGUGCCGAUUCCCUGGCGGGUGGUGGAAAGAAAACCCGUAUUAAAGCUGGGUGUCCUUUGGAACGACGGGGUGGUGACGCCGACACCGCCAGUGACGCGCGCUCUGAGAGAGACGGUGGAAAAACUGCGACGGGCAGGACAUCAAAUCAUCGACUGGGCGCCUACAGGCCAUCUGGAAGCCGAGGCACUGCUGGCGAAAAAGUUCCUCGCCGAUGGGGGGAAAUCGGUGCGAAGACUGCUCGAACCCACGGGGGAACCCUUUCGUCCUGAGAUGUGGCGGUAUGAACAGGCCCAGGAGCUGGGCGUGCAUGAGAUGUGGCAGGUUCAUUUGAGCAGAAACGACGUGCUCAAGGCCUACCUCGAUCGAUGGAACAGCCAUGAUCUAGACGGACUAAUCACCCCCACUACGCCAUACAGCUCCGUCGAACAUGGCAAAUUCACUUAUGUGGGAUAUACAGGCGUGUUCAAUAUUCUCGACUACCCUGCCGUCUCAUUCCCGUGCGGCAUCAAAGCUGAUAAAGCAUUGGACGUGGUACAGGACUGGAAACCGCUAAGCCCAACCGAUGAGUUGGUGAACAGCACCUACAAUGCAGAAGCCGUGGAUGGUAUGCCUGUCAGUCUGCAGCUGGUCGGGCGAAGGCUGGAGGAGGAAAAUGUUCUCAUGAUGGUAGAUGUCGUGUUGGACAGUUGUAAAGGGUGAACUGAGAGUACAGUCUACAGGAUAUCACAGAUGUCUUCAAUAUCAAAUAUAUUUCCUAGAAUUGACAACAAGAACUAAACAGCUUGCUACUGAUCCC